AUGAGCGUCCUCGUGACGACGACUUUUUCUCAGGGAGCCGUGUUUUAUGCUGGCGAAACUGUCUCCUGCACCAUAGCGUUCACCAACCCGUUACCUACACUACCACGACCACCAAGUGCAUCAUCGUCAUCGUCAUCCACUUAUAGCCGACGAUCCAGUACGCGCUUUCAGCAACAGUCCACUCGGCAUCUUCAGGGAAAUGCAAGCAACCAUAGCCGGUCGCAAUCGGUCAGUUCUACUUCUGAGCUUGGUACCAUGACCCCAAAGCAAGCCAAACGACAAAGCAAACGAGCAUCACGCGACUUGGAAGCCUUCAUGGGACGAUCGACAGUGAGCUCACCAUCACCUCCUGGGUCUAGUAGAACAGCUACGACUACACUUACAUCGCUAGCGUCGUCAACGUUUUCUUUCUUUACGGGUCGACAAGAUACGCGCAAAGAUGAACAAGAAGAGGAGGAGGAAGAAGAACAAGAACAAACGAACCAUUGGGAAGAAGGAGGGGUAUUAUUAGAGCGACAUCAUUCAUCAUCAUCGAGAAUGGCGGCUAUGUUGGAUGAAGAGAACGACAAUGAGGAUGAUCAAGAAGGAGGAGCAGGAGAACCUAUAUCGAUUGAAUUGGGUGAUUCAAUGACACCACGAUCCAGUGUAGAUACGCAUGGCACACGAGAACCUUACUAUGAUAUCAGUCGACGUAGCUCAAUGGAUUCUUUGGCAUCAUCCAACAACCCAUACCAUGGGGGUCGCGCAUCACAACUAUCAGCACCACGAUUGUCACAAUUCUUGCUAAGAUCAUCCUCUGCGCCAUCCCUCGUCAAAAAGCCUGAACAUUUGCUUUGGGGAUUUGCUCAAGUUGUCGGCAACUUUAUUGUGGAUCCAACACUUAUCAACAAUAACGAAUUUGCGCCUCUCAAACAAAGGACAAUGUAUCGACCUCAUGGUGCUGGCAUGGGCGGUGGUGGAGGUUUAUUAAUGGGUGGUCGUUCCGAUAUGCAUUCAAAGAUUGAUACCCGUACGACGCCUGUAAUCUCAACACCUCCGUCGAUUUUAUUUGUGGACCUGGAUUUGGCACCUGGAGAGACAAAAAAGUUCUCAUACAAGCUCAAACUUCCAAAUGAUAUUCCACCCUCUCAUCGAGGCAAAGCCAUCCGAUUCACUUAUUCUCUUGUUGUCGGCACUCAACGGGCAAAUACAACACCAUCGGGUGGUCAAGGUCAGGUCGUACAAAUCCCCUUUCGGGUGCUGAACCACGUAUCCGAGGAUGGAUCACGACCGAUCUAUGACUUGAUGAAUCCCGUUGUCAUGUAUAAGGAUGAAGCUAUUGUGGAAGCAUUCUCUGAAGAGGAUUUCAAAAAACCAAGGCUGAGCAUGAGACGAAGGGAAUCGAAUAAAUCAGCCAGCAACAAGGCAAGGGAUGAAUUCAUGGCCUAUGUGAAUGAGCUCUCUGAACACGUCAAUGGCAACACAUCGAUCCAUGAAAUUACACGACGAGAAAGCGAUGCAUAUGAGGAACCUACAGCUGAGCAGGAUCAGGAUGAUGAUGAAACAGCUGAGAAACGAAUGUAUGGGCGGGCGUGUGCUCAAAUUGUUUCCAGGAUAACCAAUGCAAGCAGGAAAGCCAUGUUUGAUAUAUGCAAAAACAAUCAACGGGUUGCACAGCUGCAUUUGACAAAAACAUCGUAUCGUCUUGGAGAAGCUGUCUUGGGCGUCUUGGAUUUCGAACAUGCGGUGUUGCCGACCUAUGAGGUGUCCAUUCUUUUGGAAAGCAAUGAGAUAGUACAAAGCGAUAUCGCUAUACGACAACCCAACCAGAUUGCACGCAUCUCUCGGAAAUGUUAUGCUGAACAUCAUUCAUUUUGUCUCAACCAUCGACGAUUGGCCUUUUCCCUUCCUAUUCCCACCAUCGCAUCACCUGAAUUCCAGACAACAGGAGUCAAAUUACAGUAUUACCUCAAGUUUGAAUUUAUUGUUGCUCAAAGGCCCAAACGAUUAUCCACCUCCUCUCCUCCCAAAGCACAACCCCCUUUCAUUCCUAUCAAUGUCGAUGAUCGGCAUAAGCAUUACCAAGCCGCACAAGACGUUGAUGUGAGCACAUUCGACUGCCAAAUCCCUAUUCGAGUGUAUGGAUCGCCUGGUGGAACAGAUCGUGCCGUCUAUGGCAGGCCAUACACCUUUCUUGUACAGUAA